AUGUCAGGAACUGUGAUGGCUGACAGCCUCAAGUCCUCCCUGAUCAUCUUCAUGGUGGGUGGCCCGGGCUGCGGCAAAGGGACACAGUAAAGGAAUAUGGCUGCCAAGUACAGCCUCUGCCAGCUGCUGCAGCAGGAGGCCCAAAAAAGCACCCGGCAGGGACGGCAGAUCUGAGACGUUAUGUUGCAGGGGCUCCUGGUGCCCACGGUGGGCCGCGCCCCCAACAUGAUCCUCACAUUGGACUGCUCCAUGGCGACCAUGGUGCGCGCUGCAGCGGGCCCCCAUGCAGUGCAGGGAGAACGACUGCGAGCCGGCCCUGCGCCGGCGUCUGGAGACCCACUGCACCUGCUGUGCGCUGGUCCUGACCUUCUACCAGCAGCGGAACCAGCUGCAAAGCGUACGUGGCGCGCGGUGUCCUCACGGGGCCACACUGGCUGCGCGCACUUGAGGCUGGCGAGGGCUGAGUGUGCUGGCAGCCUGGCGGACAACGCGAGUCUAAGGGCACCCCGCUCGCCCAGGCCCUGCCUGAGCGGCGCCCUCUCUGCCCUCGGCCUGGCCCAGGUCUUGGCAGAAGAGGCUCCAGAGAACAUUUUUGCCAAGUGCUGCUCUGUCAUCGAAAGUCUGCAGUGA